AUGAAUAAAUUUUUUUUAACAUUUUAAGAUGAAGAGAUAGAAAAGCACUACUAGGAUAAUAAACUAAAAACUCUCUAAUAACCUAUUUUUUAUUGGCUUCUUGCUAUGACAUUUGCUUUAAACCUAUUUAAAGUUUGUCUUGACUAUGCAUAUUAUUCAGUGGAUAAUUCAAGUUGGAUGAAUAUAAGUUUUUUAUCUUUAACAAUAAUUGAAUUAUUCUUAGCAUGCUACAAAAAAGAAUACAUAAAGUAUGCUUUAAUAAUUUCAAACCUUUCAGCAGGAUUGUUGCAAAUUAAUUUUAAUGAAAAUAACACUUUUCCUUAGGAAUAUUAUUCUUAUGGUAGCUAUUAUGCCAUGCUAUCUGUAGUUGUUUAUUUUAUGACUGAUUUUCCUUACAGCCUUUUUUAGGUGAUUGCACAUUUGAGUAUGAAAAUCUUUUUUACUACCAUAAAAAGUCAAAGAGUUGAUAUGUUAGGAGUAGUCUUAGGACUAAUUACAAGUGUGUUCUUAGUUUUAACAUUAUAUAUUUGUGAUUGGAAUUCCAGAAGAUAAUUCUUACUUAAUUUGAGAGAAGUUAGAUGGGAAGAGUCUUUACCUAUUAUUAUCAAAAAACCUUUUUUUUUAUUUUCUUAUAAAAACAAAAAUAUGUCCUUUUAAGUCAAUAGAUCUUUAAAUCAUGAAAUCUUUCCCUAUUUUAAUUCAGAUGAUUGCAGUGGUUGUAAUUUCAGAUUUUUAUUAAGAAUAUGCAAAGUAGAAAAUAAUAAUUUAGAAAAUUACUUAUUUAAUAAAAAAAAUGAAUAAUUAGAUUUAGACUUGGUAUAUAAAAACAAAACUCAUAGAUUUGAACUAAGAAUUUGCUCUAUAGGAUUGGAUAAAAUUUAUUAUCUUCUAAUUUUGAAGAAACUUAAAUCAUUGGAAUUAAAUUACAUUCCUAAAUAAACAAAUAUUCGUUAAAAGAUAUUUCAAAUUAAAAAGACACAAAUCAAAUAUUAGCAUUAAAAACAUUUCUUACUUGGUGUAUUUUCAAUGUUUCUCUAUAACAAUAAAGAUGUUUCUUCAAUAAAUUUAGUUGA